GCUCUUUGCAAGGUGGCACCUGGAUCCCAGAGAGGGCAUUGAAGCUCACACCUCGCUCUGCCCGGGCAGGGAUGGUGAUCAGGGGGGAUGAGGGACCAUCAGCCAGGAGAGCCCCCCUCACAUGGCUGCAAGGUGUGCCAAGCUCAUGCUGAUGCGCGGGGCGGCCGUGGAGCUGGGAGCGAGGCGGGAGGGGACACGGCCCUGCACAUGGCCGCCAGGCACCGUCUCUGCCACCACGCCCGCCUCUACCUGCGGCGCCACGCCCGCGUCGACGCCCGCAACGUGCGCCAGGAGACGGCGCUGGGCGUGCUCUGCGGGCAGGCCCCGGGCGACGGCGACCAUUCCCUGCAGCUUUUCCAGCUGCUGCUGGACCACGGCGCCGACGUGGAGGCCCGGGAUGAGAGCUGGAGGCGGCCCUUGCACCGGGCCUGCGGGGCGGCCAACGCCGAGCUGGUGCGGCUGCUGCUGCGGCGCAGCGCCGACGCCAACGCCGUCGACUACGACAGCAUGUCCCCGCUGGGCUGGGCCCUGCAGGGCGCUGCCUCCCACCCGGAGCUGCGGCCCCACCUCAGCGUGCAGCUGCUGCUCAACCACGGCUCCCGGAAGAUUUGGCCCCCGGCCUUCGUCAAGGUGCUGAAAUCCUGCGCAGCCGUGCCGGAGGUCAUCAAGGUCCUCUUCAACUCCUACUCCCAAAUCCCGGUGUCCCAGGAGUGGGCCAAGGCCGUGCCAGAGGAGGUGUUCCAGCAGCACCAGCCGUUCUACCAGUCCACCCGGAGCCUGCAGCACCUGUGCCGUGCCACCAUCCGGGCACACUGUGGGGACAAGUGCCACUCCCUCAUCCCCCUGCUGCCCCUGCCCGGGGCCCUGCGGGAAUUCCUGCUGCUGGAGCCCCAGGGAGUGGUGCUGUGAGGGAGCAGACCCAGGAGCAUGUGUGC